GAACAGAAACCCCUGAGAUCCGCCAAUUCUCUCUUCCCCCUCCUCUCUCCAUCAUCAUCAGAAGAAGAGAGUAUAGAAGAAGUUAGAGAACAACAGACUGUUGCUGGUUGAUAUUAUUGGCUCGGGAGCAUAGGAGCCAUAUAUAUGCUAUAUUUACUUGAUAUCUUCACCUAUGUUUGGAGGUCCUUUGCCGAUCUCCAUUAAUAGUCCUCAUCUACGACGUUCGGGCAGUAGACCUGUUUUCUCCGAAAUUGGUUCGAGUGAGGGCCCUGUUGAUGAGGCUCUUUUGGCUCAAGUGGAAUCAAACGAUAUGAAGACUGGAAAUAUGCAAAUCCAUGCUCCUGCAAUUAUGCCAUCCCCCAUUUUCCUUUGGAGAUUCAAGGUGUUGCUGUUUCUUCUUUGGGGUAUUAUCUGUUGCAAGUUUAGUUGGGACUCCGUCAUGAGAAUGAGCGCAGACUUGCGGGAUUUGUUUUUGUACGAGGCUUUCUUGUAUUUUAAUCCUCUUCUCCUCGUGACUUUGAUGGUUUGGCUUUGGGGAGUCAAUUUGUGGGUCUUUGCUCAGUCCAAUGUUAUUUACUCAAGAAUAUUUGAUCUUGACCAAAACCAUCUUACUCAUAGAGAAUUAUGGAAGUGUGCAACGUGGAUGACAAUCAUUGUGCCGACCAGCAUGACAACAUACCUUUAUCUUUAUUCUCAUGGCGAAGUAUCAUUGGCUGCAUCCCAACCAGUGCUCCUUUAUGCCGCGGUUGCAAUGGUUCUCGUGUUUCCCUUUGAUAUAUUUUAUUUGUCAUCUCGUUACUACUUAUUAAGGACACUUUGGCGUAUAGUGCUUCCCUUACAGGCAAUCACAUUUCCAGACUUCUUUUUAGCCGAUAUAUUGACCUCCAUGGCAAAGGUUUUCUCGGAUUUGGAGCGUUCUGUUUGCAGGAUGGUGCAUCGACAGGUUGCUACAAUUGCAUGGUUUGAAGCUGAUUCUGUCUGUGGUAGUCAUUCCAUCGCAAUCCCUUUGGCGUUGGUUUUACCUUAUCUUUGCCGUUUCUUUCAGUGCCUGCGGCAGUACAAGGAUACCAGGGAAAAGACAUCCCUUUUAAAUGCUUUAAAAUAUUCGACGGCGAUCCCUGUGAUUUUUCUUUCAGCCCUGAAAUACCAUGUCUCACCUGAUCAGUGGACGGCGAUUUAUCACCCCCUUUGGCUUCUCUCAAGUGUUAUAAACUCCUUAUAUUCUUUUUACUGGGAUAUCACUCGAGAUUGGGAUUUGAGUGUCCCGUCUCGGAUUUUCAAGUUCAGAAACCCAAGUAUACUGUCUAACUUGUUGCAUGGACAACAAUGGGUAUAUUACUGGGCUGUAGGAAGCAACCUGAUUCUUCGUUGCACGUGGACCUACAAGCUUUCUGCCCAUCUUCGGCAUAAUUAUAUUACUGUGCUAACAUUUACAACCUUGGAGAUGUUAAGACGAUUUCAAUGGAUCUUUUUCAGAGUAGAGAAUGAAUCAAACAAAAUAAGUCACAAACAGGGUGUACAAUUCCCCUUGAAUGACACCCCAAAGGAGGAAGAAAGACUACUAAGUUCUAAUGGCCAUGAUGUAUAAACCGCCGACUUGGGUUUGAAUUUGAACACUAAUUUUUAUAUAUCAAUUUUGGUUUGAAAAAGUGCUUAAAGGAAGUGAUCACUGUACUGUAUAUAAAAUAUGCUUUAUGUUGGCGGUUUUGUUUUGGGUCUUGUUUCCCUUAACCCUGCCCAUCUUGUGUUUUUCUUGAAUUUUCCCCCUCAGAUAUCCUUCCUUACAGGUUGUUUUAA